UGUGGGAUAAUUCUACACUGAACGACUCCAAAGGGAGGGGAAGCAAGAACAGCCGCUGCUUUGUAAGAAAAUAGAGAAGGAUCGGAUUGAAAAUGGCAACGAAUUCAGUCUCUGCAACAGUAUUACCUUCUUUUACAAUACCCAUUUCUUCAAAUCCAAAGUUGUCUUUUUUCUCUUGUUCUUUACCCUCUAAAGUUAAUACCUUCAAGCUUGGUACUGCCGUACGGCCCUCAGUUUCUUCAUCAACCAGGGUUUUUGCUGCUCCUGAAAUCUUGGAUGGAACAGAAACUUUAUCGCCUGAGGUUGAAGGUUCUGAGGCACUUAGUCCCUCGGUCAGCAUGGAUACAGAGCAGAUUGCACCAAAACAGAAAAUCAGAAUCAAGCUUAGGUCUUACUGGGUGCCCCUGAUUGAGGACUCUUGCAAGCAGAUAAUGAAUGCCGCAAGGACUACAAAUGCCAAGACCAUUGGUCCCGUGCCAUUACCAACCAAGAGGCGAGUAUACUGUGUUCUCAAAUCCCCACAUGUGCACAAGGAUGCUAGAUUCCAUUUUGAGAUCCGAACUCACCAACGCCUUAUUGAUAUUGUACACCCAACUGCUCAAACUAUCGAUUCUUUGAUGCAACUCGACCUUCCUGCAGGAGUUGAUGUAGAGGUCAAGCUCUAAAGAAGCAGCGCUGCAGCAUAAGUAAACUUCUUGAAUAUCUAUAAUAUUUUUUUUUAUGUAUUUCCAUUUCACAGUCAGCUAUCAAUUGUAGAUCUGCCUAUUAAACCAUGUAGUAGAAAAAGAUACAACAGUUGAAAAUUUUUUGUAAUGUGCUUGAAGUUUCUCCAUGAUAUCUGGAUCUCUAACUGGGAAUUCAUAUAUUUUAUGAUCCUAGUAGUUUUCCAAAUUUCUGAUUUAAAGGGAGACGAUUUAGUGUUAGUUUUGAGCGUAGGUUGUAAGGUACAGAUCAUGUUUAAGCAUUCAUGUUUCUCUUGGAUGAUCUAUAGUGAAUGUCGGAAAUUAAAAAGCCUGCUCUUUGUUUUAA